AUGGGGAGAAUCCCACAUGAAACAACCAUUGAUAUACUAGGUCGAUUAAGUGUAAAGGAUCUUCUACGCUUCAAAUGCGUUUCAAAGCCAUGGUGCUCUUCGAUCGAGGACCCAUAUUUCAUCAAGUUCCACCUCUCCCAUUCCCUCAAAACCAAUACCAAUCACUCUCUUUUCCUCCGUCACCGGGAGUACCACUUCUUCUCCGUCAACUGCGACUCACUCGAAACAACCCAAAUACUCAACCACCCAUUCGGUGAACCAAAAAGAACCAUUCAAAUAUUGGGUUCUUGCAAUGGUUUACUGGCUCUAGUAAACGACAACGAUAGCUUACUUCUGUGGAACCCUUCAACAAGAGAAUCCCAGGUAUUACCUUCCAAUGAAAUAGAGUUCGUAUCUCCACGUCCAGGGAUUUGGUUGUACGUUUCACAGCGUUCACCUCCAUCGGGUUACAUAGCCCGUUCAACUUACUAUGGAUUUGGGUACGAUCCCAUUUCUGAUGACUACAAAUUGGUUCGAAUGAUCCAAUCAUAUGGACUCCAUGAUGAAAAUGUUCAUUCUGAAGCUAAGGUUUACAGCUUGAGGAGCAAUCGUUGGAGAAGGAUUAAGGAUUUCAGCUUUUAUCUUAACUUCAGCCGAGAAUUUGGGAUUUUGGCUAACAACGCUUUACAUUGGAUGGUUUUUAGAACUCCUGAACCGCUUAAUAAAGAGCUUGUUGGUUUUGAUCUGGGGAGCGAGGAAUUCCGUUUCCUUGAAUUGCCGGAUUGUUAUUUAGAUGAGGCUUUUUUUUUUGACAUAAAAGCCAUGGGGGGUGACAUUUGUUUGACUGCAACUUUUAGGGAUUUCAUUAAUGUUGAUGUAUGGAUAAUGAAGGAAUAUGGGGUUAAAGAAUCAUGGAUUAAAUUGGUAUCAUACUACGAACCCGAAUCUAUUCAAGCUUCUCCAUUUCCAGUACCUUUGGCCUUUUCAAAAAAUGGUGACAAAGUUUUACUCUUCAUUGCAUACAAGUGGUGUCAUACGGCCACCAGGACCGGCAAAUUUGUGUGGUAUGAUCUGGAAAGCCAAAGGGUUGAGAAAGUUGAGAUUAGAGGCAUUCCAGCAUCAUUUGAUGUGGACUUGUAUGUUGAUAGCCUUGUCCCUCUUAAUACUAAUGAUCUAAUGUUCUACAAUGAGAUGCCCGAGGCAAUGCUUUCGAAAUGA